AUGGUCAAACUGAGAAGCAAAACAUCUGUCCAGCGCCUGUCGAAAUGGUUCGUGCUACUCAACUUAAUGACGCUCCAAACGGACGCCAUGGAGACAGUGAAUGUUGUUGACUUCUGUGGCCAGACCAUUCGGGGGGAUGGAAUGAUCGUCAACUCUCACCAGGAGUCCAGGAAGUACUAUUUUGUAACUAUGGGAACUGACUGUCACCUCACUAUGCAAGCUGCCACGCCACGCGACAAGGUGCAGUUCCACUUUCGUUUCUUCCUAGUCUACAGCCUGCUGAGAGUAUCACCACUCAGCCCUGCUCCCCUUUUCCCAGAGUCCCCCAGGGGUCCAGCUAUGAUGGGCCCAGCCCGUCCGGACGUUCGUAUGGAGCCCACUCCUGGGGAUGGAGCAGCGGACCCUUGUCACGCAGGCUCAUACAUCCAGUUUUAUGAUGGGCGAGAUAAAACAUCACCCCCCAUAGGCCCACCACUCUGUGGAAAAAGCCCUCCCCGCCCGGUCCUAUCGACUGGGAACUAUCUGACCCUUCGUUUGGUGACCAGGGGGACACAACCAAGGGUUGACUUUGUCGGGGACUUCACAUCUUUCAGGCUGGGAUUUAACCAGUCGGCAUGCAGCACAGAGCCGUACUUCAGCUGUCGGAACGGAAAGUGCAUUCCCAUGAGCCUUGUGUGUGAUGAUGAUAAGAACAUUGACAACUGUGGUGAUGGAAGUGACCUGGCAGACUACCCAGGGUGCACUGGUCAGUUGUCUACUGUUCAGACCAUCCAGCCCCACAUUAGCCCGCCAGUGCCUAUUAAUCUGCCCACUGCAUCAGUGUUUACCCGUAACAGCUGUGGAACACCCAAUGCUAUCUCAAACCCAGAUUCUGUGUCAGACUCUCCGCCGUCCGUGUCCCUGCUGGCCUUGUACAUCAUACUGGGCUUAGUGGCCGGAGUUGUGUUACUGUGCUGGUGCUGUUGGUCACCAGGCUGGUUCUUGUGGAGGGUGAGCGUUUGUCGCUUCCUGCCGUGCUGUAACUCCUGCUGCGCCUCCUGUCAGCUCUGUGGACGUAGCUGUACCCAAAACAAAGAGCACCGUCUGGCUAAGGUUACACCCGAUGGUGCAACAACACCACCUGCUACCACUACCACUGUGGCAGUGUAG